AUUUCGCAAGCUGUUCAAACGUUCAAACGUUCAUGUCGGAAACAGAGCCGGGCUGACUCUGCAUACUAAGUGGCCGGCUCAGCCUUGCCGCCGUCAUUGAGUGCUGUUGCUUCGACGCGAGAGGCUUUUAGCGCUAGCGCCGACUACCUUCCGCUCGGUCUGCUAGCCUAAGGCUGUCUGCUUUCUUUCUUUCUCUCUCUCUUCCACUUUCAGCCCUUGAGGCACCCCAUCCCUAGCCUGGUCCACUACCGAUGGCGGCAUACCCACGACUGGACCCUUACCUAAAGCCCAGACAUGAUCAGGGCGUAGAUGCAAAGAUUGUCAUAAUGGGCAACACUGGUGUGGGCAAGACCAGUUUGCUGCAACGAUAUACCCAAAAUAAGUUCGAUCCCAAGAACACAACCUCCACGACCGGCGCAUUGUUUGUAACAAAGAAGGUGUAUGUAAAUGGAAUCAGAGUGCGUCUACAGCUUUGGGAUACCGCAGGACAAGAACGAUUCCGUAGUAUGGCACCCAUGUACUAUCGCAACGCCAAUGCUGCAUUACUAUUGUAUGAUAUUACAAAUGCGUCUACCUUUGAGGAUGUGCGUGGGUGGUUGGAGGAACUUAAGAGGAACUGUUCAGAAGACUUGAUCAUUUUCAUAGUUGGAGCCAAGUCUGACUUGCAAAGCCAUCGACAAAUUACCCCAGAUUUGGCUCGUCUUUCUUUGAACAACUGGUUUCCUCCUCCGCGUCCCCCAAGUCCCCCUACACCACCUCCGCCUCCGCCUUCAACCUUCUCUUACAUGCGACCUCGCUUCACGUCCUUCACUAGCAUUCGUUCUGUACCCCUUCUUUCUCAGCCUCCGAAAUCAAACAUAUCGCCUGAUAGUAGCAACGAGUCUCGUUCAUCUGGUUUGUCACGAGCUACAACGACACCUCACUACACUCGUCCAAGAGCAAAAAGCGGCAGUCUUCUCGUUUCAAGCGACGCACAUGGGACAUCCCAAUCUCGACUAGGCUCACGUCUAGGCUGCAAUCCAGUCGGAUACAAUCAAGUAACGGAUUCCAGUAGCAAUAGCCAGCUGGAUGACGACGACGAAUUCGACGACAUGUUCGGGCACGAUGACUGCCAGUCAUGGGGACUUGGAAAAGGCAUGGAGCUCUUCGAGGUCUCUGCGAAACAUGAUAGCGGUAGGUUUUGCGAUACUCUGUAUUCCAUAGAUGCAUCGUUCACGCUUCUCUUGACCCUUAGGCAUAGCAGACCUCUUCAAUAAGCUUAUAGCAGCUAUCAUUGCUAGAAAGGACGACAUCGAACGCCAGAACGAACUCAAGAGACGCGACAGCGUAUUCUUGUCUGGGGUCACACCCGCUUGGGCUGCACAAGCUGAUGAAGAAGAAGCCCGAGAGAAAGCUCGGAUGGCCCGAGGAUCAUGGAGCUGCUGCCAGACAUAGUGCGCAGGACGCCAUGUUCUGCCGACAACCAUUUUAUUCCUCUCUAUUCAUAUCCUUUAUUGAUAUUUCAUCAGAUUUUCUCUCGUCUUUCAUACGCACUCAUCUCUGUUUUCUGCACCUACGUUCUCUCCUCCCGUCUGUCGUAUCUCAUGCCCUCGUGAUGAUUUCUUGCAUGUCUCUUUCCCCCUUCCUUUAUGAUGUCUUUGUUCUAUCGUAUUCUUGUCACGCUCACCACGGAUUCUUUUGCAUACCACAUAUUAGCCUAUGUUUGUCACUUCACUCUGUUGAAUUAUAUCCCCCCUGGUAUCCAUAGGUUCUACUAUACACUAUGUUCACAUUC